AUGACGGAUGAAGAAAUGUGCGAUACCCAAGACCAAAGUGAAGUGCAAAGCCUUGAUCCCGAACUCGAAUUUGCUUGUGAUUCAUUCACCGAGCCUGCAGCCUUGUAUGAGGCUGAUAGUGAAUCUGACCACGAGGAAGAAGACGUUCAGCAAGAUACCGACUUUAGAGAGAUAGAAGGAUGGGACAAAGUAGAUCAACUGGCUUCCGCCUUAUUGGAACCGGAAGGAUUGUGCUUGACGAAAACACAAUCGGAAAACAUAGUAAAGUUGUACAAAUCUUUGUCAGAAUAUGACAAAAAACCGAUUAUUUAUUCCCGGGUGAUCAAACCAGCUCGAGGCCAUUUUGGGAGAUCAAAGAACCAGAGUGGCCACUUAGGACAAGAGGCCAUGAAGAGAAGCUUUGUUUCAGCUGGUGUGCCGUCGUUGUCGCCUUCUAAGAGCCGUGUCGUCGAGGCUAUUUGCAUUAGACUAUUCAACAGCAUCACCACUUGUAAAAGGGAUCCUUAUGUGUCAAGAAAAGCGCAGAUAAUUAAAAAAUACAACGAAAUGAGAAGCCAAAUUGGCCAAAGUAUCAUUGUAAUGGAGGAGACUGGUCUAGCUCUUUAUCAAAUCAAUGAAACAACAUUGGGCCUCUGGUUAAAAAAUCAGGCAAGAUUUGACGAGAUCCAACUUCUUCUACAAGGUGUAAGGCUGCCGUCAUUAAGUCUGUGCUCUCAAUCAGAGCAGUUGCCUGGGAUGGCACAACCAACAUCCCCUAUCCAUCAGACCAACCUAUUGAUUUUUAGUGAGCCCAUCGAUUCAACUGGAAAAGCAAAGAUUCAAGGCCGUUUAGUUGCAACAGCUUCAUCACCUGAAAUUUCUCAACAAGAUUUAGAUGAUGUAAGUAGCAUGGGGGUCGUCUCUUUUGAUAACCAACCGCUGGUUGAAGUACCGUUCCCAUCAAAACAAAUAUCGAGGACCACAACGUGGAGAAAAAGGAAGGCUGCGUUGAGUCGAAGUAAAGACACAGAUGAUUCAAUUCAGGCUUUCCUACAACCUUCCACAACCCCUUUGGUUGCCGCUGGAGUUGCCUCAUCUGGACUGCCUGUAGACAGCCUGAAGGGAACACAGAAGAAGUCAAGAAAAGAGUACACUUGCACCAAAUGCAAGAAGGCCAUCAGCAGUGAAGGGCACACUCAGUUUCGUGGGUAUAGGUAUUGCCCAGGAAACCACCCGAUAUCAAAGGAAGAGUGGCUUAAAGAGAAAAGGGUGGAAAAAAGUAAACAAAAAUGA